CGCUUGGUUGCAAGGGAAGUAGAAAUAACGGGAAGAGGAAGUGAGCUAGUCAGUAACUACAGCACAGUGACCUGCUAAGAAAUAAUAUGGAUUAAACUCAUGUUUUAAUUAAAAAAUAAAAAACCGGCUCAAAACCACAACAACGAACUCUUGUGCUUCUGAUAUACUCUGUCGUGCAAUUAAGUCUCUGCAAGCUUAUACGGACUAGCAGGGUAGGCUAGCCAUGCUAACAGGCUAAUAAAGUCAGCGGCUGCGUCCCAAAUCGAAACUUUCUGUCUUAAACAAGUGAGCUAGAGCUCGGAGGGGGAUUUGGACGUGACUUUAUUAAUACCCCGGAAUUGGAAAAAAAAACUUGUUUAUUUUGUCCUUGGGUGUAAACAUGUCUGUUUCGCUGAUUUGUAAAUCUGUGCUCGGGUCUCGCCGAGCUUUCCAGGCAUUUCCUAAGCGUUUUAUUAUCGACAUGUCCUACUCCAAUCACUUCAUGGAUUAUAAACGCUCCUCGAUACCGGGCAGCAUGAAGAAGAUGAUGGUAACGAAACGGAGCCCCGAUUUCCGACAAGCCGUUUCCGUGGAAACAGUUUCGGUUCCGACACCGAGCGACACCGAGCUGCUGAUCCGGAACCGAUACGUUGGGAUAAACGCAUCAGAUAUUAACUACUCUGCAGGCCGCUAUGACCCCUCAGUGACCGUUCCAUUCCCGGUAGGGUUUGAGGGUGUAGGAGAAGUGGUGGCACUGGGUUUAAGCGCCAGUUCCCGUUUUGCAGUGGGCGACACGGUGGCCUAUUUAAACGCAGGCGCGUUCGCCGAAUACACUCUCGUGUCUGCGCAAAAAGUGAUUCCGUUAAAAGAGCCGCAGCCGGAAGCGUUAGCUGUUAUCGUGAGCGGAGCAACUGCAUCCAUCGCCCUGCAGCGCCUCGGGGAAUUGAAGCAGGGGGAGACAGUGCUGGUGACCGCUGCCGCCGGAGGAACCGGACACUUUGCCGUCCAGUUCGCCAAAAUGGCUGGGUGUCAUGUGAUAGGAACAUGCUCCUCCCGAGAGAAGGCAGAGUUUCUGAAAAGCAUCGGCUGCGAUCGACCAAUCAACUACAAAGAAGAGGACUUGGCCGCGAUGUUACGCAAAGAGUAUCCUAACGGCGUGGAUGUGGUGUACGAGUCAAUAGGGGGCAAUGUGUUUGACCUGGCUGUUAAUAACCUGGCGCAACAGGGGCGCUUACUGGUGGUGGGCUUCAUCUCAGGUUAUCAGAGCAAGUCAGGCCUGCAGCCUGUCAGUGGAGCGACACUUCCUGCCAAACUUUUACAGAAAUCAGCCAGCAUAAGGGGCUUCUUCCUGCCUCACUUCCUAUCAGAGUACAGUGAGUGCGUGCAGAAGGUAAUGCAGAUGCAGGAGAAGGGGAAGAUUUUGUGCGCCAUCGAUGAUGGACAGAUGGACGAGGGAGGGCGAUUCGUGGGUUUGGAGUCAGUGUACAGGGCAAUAGAUUAUAUGUACGCUGGGAAAAACCAAGGCAAAGUAGUGGUGGAGGUUAGUCCUUCUGACAUCUGAGGAAAGAGCGUGGGGGUUUUUGUUUUAGAGAUAGAUAUGAUCUUCUAUUCUGUAUAUCUGGAAGAAUCUGUUUAAUCCAAUGAACAGCAAAUUCUAAUCUUAUUAAAGCUCAUUAAAGCUUAUUAAAACUCUAAUUAAA